AUGUCAAAUAACACUCUUAUUGAAAAAACUGAAGAUUCAUCCAUGUCAACUUUAGUCGUUGAUAAAGAUGACUGGAAGUGGCCAUGCUUUGAUGAAUGGUAUGAUGAAUAUUAUGGUAAAAUGGAACGUAGGGUAAAAGUUGAAAGUAUCAACAUUAUUCCCUUCGUUGUCGUAUAUCCACGUAAUGAUAAACCGUACGUUGAAGUGAGUUCCCCGCAAUUGAUGAAAAUCUUGCGAGAUAUCCUUCCAAAUAAAAAACCAUUUGACGAAAUUGACGAUGAUAACCCCAAA